AUGAAAGCUCAUGAGGAGAUCCAGAAAGAAGCCGCUGCUGCUGCACCUGUGGAAGCAGAGCUUUGGAAGGAAGCUACUGAACUUGUCCGAGUAGCCCAUGAAAAGAAGCUUUCAUAUGUUAAGUUCAGAAGCGUUGGAAAAUCCCGCUUCGGCAGGAGGUUCUCAUGGAAGAAGACACAAGAGAAGGAGGCCGUGGUCGUUACAGUUAACGACAUUGUUCGGUUGAAAUCUUUUGAUGAUGAGACGCGUAGAGAGCGGAGGAGAACAUUGUAUUUUACUUCGUCGCCGCCGCCUGUUGCUAGUAGCUCCAGCAGCUGCUCUGAGGACGCCGAGCAAAGAUCGGAGUCCUUCGCGUCGUCGUCGUCGAGCAGCAACUCUGUAGAUGUCCAGACUCAGAGCCAGAGCCAGAAUCAGAAUCUGUAUCAAAAUCCUAUACAACCGUCAGAGGAAGGAGCGAACGAGAAGUUAGAAUGCAAAGGGUCCCAAUCCGAAGAAGAAAAAGAACAACUGAGCCCGAUAUCAGUCAUGAAUUUUCCUUAUCAGGAGGAAGGAGACAAAAAUGAAGGUGAAGAGGAUGAGGCAAGCUCUUCUGGUUUUGAACAAAGCCUCGCUAAUAAUAUUAAAAGGUCAAAGCACAGGCUGCUGCAUAAGAUCCGACGGUUCGAGACUCUCGCUGACCUUCUGGACCCACUCAACCUCGAUCUCCGCUUCGCAUGUACCGAGGAGGAAGCGGACAGAGUCCACGUGGCAUCACCCCACGCGAUCACUGCCCGUGACCUAAUCCAUCGGCUGAGAUCUGACCUCCACAGUAAACCCCAGUCCGACGAAUUGCUCUUCGAAUUUUUCGUGGAUGAGUUAUCGUGGUCCGCAGGAACAACGAACGAAAACAUCGGACGGUUGUUACCUGCAGCUGUUGACUGGAUCAACGGCACGGGUUUCAUAAACAUGGAGGAACACGGUAAGUCGCAGCUGGACGAGAUGGAGCGGAACGGAAGGUGGAGAUGCUUCGGGUUUGAAAAGGACGACGUGGCUGCUGACGUGGAGAUGGGAAUCUUGGGAUCUCUGCUGCAUGAGCUCGUCCUCGAGCUCGCCGUCACGGACUAAUUUAGUUAGCAAUUAGUUAAGGGCUUAAUUGCACUGAAACAG